AUGGCUUCAAUGGGUGAACUAUAUCGUAAUAACUGGAUUCUGACUAACGCCAAGGAGGAGGACCUGACUAAGGCGAGGCCAGGACUCCCUUUAAGGUCUCCUUCCUUUAAAAUGGUCAACCUACCUUGGGUUUUCUAUAAUUUUAUCUUUGUGAGUGUUCCCCUGGAUCUUAAUACUGUUUAAUUAUUUUGUUAAACAUGGCAAUAAAUGGAAAAGGACAUUAAAUUUCACAUAUAUAAACAAACGGUAAAAAUAUACCCAGUGACAAGAAAGGAUCUACCUCUUUCUCAUGUACAUUAAAUACAGUUCCAUGGAAUAUCCAUGCUGCUAGACACAGUUAUUGUAUAUUAUACAUACUGUUGUAAUUUCAACAUUUUUGCUCUCAUAACAUAAACAGGUGUUAUGAUACAAUGUCAGCAUCAAGAGUGGCUGUGUGGGUAAAUGUCUUGUUUGUUUCUAAGUACAUGUUUUUAUCCUUUCUCAGCACAAAUGUUCCUACCUGGCAAUCUUGGAUGGCAUCAAUGGAGGAUUAAUGGAAAGAAAAUUAGCAGCCCGCUUGAUUCCCAAAUUCUACAAGCUUUUUCCUGAUCUGUCUGCUGCUGCAUUCCGUACUCAACUUUACCUGUGCAAUGACAUAGAUACUUCAGUAAGUAAUCCAAUCAUGGUUAAGAGUUGUCUCCCUCAUUUUCUAACUAUUUAAGUAUAUAUUUUAGAAUUGUCACAAUCAUAUUUAAAAAUAAAUCCUGUAUUCAGAGAUGUGAUCAAUUCUGGUAAAAUGACACACAGCUUGCAAUAUUCACACACAACAGGAAAAUACUUUUAUGUCAAUUCUGUGUUAAUUUUGGCUAUUUUGGCCUUCGAUUUGAAAUUCAUUUUGAAUUUACUUUUAAUUCCUAGAUCUUCUCACUUUAGUGAAUAACCCUGUCUGUGUCUUUAAGGAACAUAAAUGGAAAUGGCCAAAAUACAGUUUAUUUUCCUGGCUCAGGAGAGUCCCUUUAACAUAUAUUUCAAUUUGUGCAAAAGGACAUCAGUGGAUGCAGAUAAGAAAUGCUGAUUGUCUGUUUUUGUUUUCUUACCAGGUUCGCCAUCAAGCUCUCCGAGGAUUGACGCUCUUUGCCACUGAGGAAAAUCUGCCUUGUAUAGCUGAUGUUCUGAUGAAAUUGUUAAAGACAGGUACAGUACAAAAACUGUGUACAAGCUUUUAUCAUGCGAUGGGGUUUUUCAGUGACUUAUUAACCCCUUCAGGACGGAGUCAAUAGUACACGUUCUGAUCAAAACAAAAUGUAAACAAAAACUGUUAUUUGCACUAUAUGUCUGUUCAUCCGUAAUUCACCUCUUUCAUAUUAAGUGCACCCACACUUAUUAUAUAUCAUUUUGUUCAGGAGAAAAAAAGUCUCACGAGUACAACAGUACCCCCCAUUAACAGUUUUUACGGUGUUUUGGAAAGUUAAAUCAAACAGUUAAGUCAAAUAUAGCACAUUCCAUUUUUCUGUUUUUUUCAUAUUGAAAUUCGCCAGGUUGGUUAUGUUGCCUUUGAGACCAUGUGGUAGCCCAGGAAUGAGAGUUACCCCCAUGAUGGCAUACCAUUUGCAAAAGUAGACAACCCAAGGUAUUGCAAGUGGGGUAUGUCCAGUCUUUUAUAGUAGCCACUGUGAGAGCGAUCACAUGGCCCCUGGGGGCCUUAUUUGGCAGGGGAGGGCUGCCUGGGCUGUCAGGCAGUCCUCCCGAAGAGGAUCGCGAUGGAGGUGAGUACCGCCGAGCUCCUGGGGGUGAAAGCAAUUACUGGCGUUCUAUGCCGUCACAACGGCUUUAAAGCCCAUUAUAAUGGGGACGGCAUAGAACGCCGUAACGGCGUUAAAGGGUUAAUUGUUAAAACUAAGAAUUGGACUGAAAAGUUUAUACCAAAAUAGCCAAACUGAAAACAUACUACAACUACCAUUUGUUAAUUUGUCACAUUGGGUCUCAUUCUUGCAGUUGGUUUGCAAGUAGCUGAUAUAAUAAUCACCUGCAUUAUUAUCACUAAAAGGAAUACUCCAGCUACCAUAACCACUUGAGCUCACUGUAAUGGUCAUGGUGCCAGAAGUGCCCUGGUGCUCGCCAUUGUAAGGAUUGAAAUAAUUUUUGAACCAUUUGGUUGACUUCUUACCUGAAGUCUAUUUGGCGCUGACCACCACCCAGACUACUAUGGCCAGAGAGACAGAAGUUCCUAAGCAGGAACUGCCGAUAGCUUUCCUGAGAGAAUUCCUGCAAUGAUGCAAUGCUUACGUCACAUCAUGUGUUUUCUUUGUCUUUUAGAUAACAUGCCUGAACUUGACCUGGCAAACAAUGCUUUGUUGCACAUUUUAAAAAUAGAUGCCAAAGGUAAGAAGAAUCUGUAUAUCUAUUGAAAUUCCAAAAAAGUGAUGUGUUUGUGUAUGUUAUGUGUGUGUGUAUGUAUAUAUAUUUUUAUAUAUAAUGUCACAUGGAAUUCCUCAAAAUGUAAAAUGUGUCUAAGACUUAACUAUAUCUUGCAGAAUUGUUUUUCUUUCUUUUAGAAUCCUUAAGCUAUUUUUAUUGUUCUGUUGUCUCAGGCACAUUACGAAAGUUGAUUUAUCAGAUUCGGACUGGAAAAGAUAUUGUCCGAGAGAGAGCCAUCAACUUCCUUUCCCUCAAGCUGAAAACACUGCCAGAGGAAGUAAUGACAAAAAAAGUUGAAAAGUUAAUUCUUUCUAAAUCCAAGAAGGUAAGUUUACAAAUCUGUUGGUGAAAAUAUGUAAUUUAGCCUCAUGUUCAACUUUCUUAGUCUCACUUUAAAGAUCAUUUCUAAACUGCCUUCAUCCUCUUUUCAGGUACUAAAAAAAGUCAACGGAGAUCAGUAUUUGCAGUUCAUAAAGAUCCUUUCAUCCUUUAAGUCUAUGCAGAAUGACAGCGGUAGACAGCUUCUGAUAGACCUUGUGUCCAAGCUGCAUGAGUCUCUAAAUCUUGAUGUUGAUUACAUAGACCACCUGAUCGAGUGA